AUGGUUACUUUUGCACCCGAUGAAAUUGGGUUAGUAGAUCAAACGUCUUGUGCAGCAGUACGGGCAGAUCUUAAGUCAUGUUUGCUAAAUAGUGACUGCUGUAGAAAGGAUAAAAAGACACCACGAGAGUGUUUAAAAGAGGGUAAAGUGCCUGCAGAAUGCAUACAGCUGCGACAAAGUUUCUUUGAAUGUAAGCGGUCCUUGCUCGAUACUAGAAGAAGAUUCCGAGGCCUUAAGGGUUAUUAA